AAUGUUAUCAUAACUCCAAAACACAGGAUCACUUUGAAUUGGAUCACUUUGAAAACUCAGUUGCACUCUGAAAGAAGUGUACUUUCGCAGAAAAGCUUUUCCAUUUGCCAAAUUCCCACCCCAUUCUGCGCCCUAGAAAUGGAUCCGAACCCGAAAAGCUACCCGCUCCUUUCCUACGUCAUGUCUCGCCUCCCUUCCAUUGGACCCUCCAAACUCGCUUCCGCACCGGACUCCGAUCCCGGCUUCGACCUCGAACAACCACCGCCAGUGCCUGACGCCUCCGCCCCAUCCUCGUCCACCAACCCGCCACAAAUCGUGGACCAAAUGCCCCACUUAUCCCAUCCCAAUGUCCUCGCCUCCAUGGCCCAUUCCGUCGCCGACGUAGCCCAAACCCGCUCCGUGCUCCGAACCUUGGGCGCACGACCUGACCACGAGGCCGUCGACAUGGCCCGGUCCAAACUCGGCGAGAUCGAGGCCAGCCUCUCCAAAUCCCUGGAAGAACUGGUCCUCUCUCCUCGACCCGUGGACGUGGAUCGACUCGAGUGGCGGUCCCAUUUGGCCGAAAAGGAGCAACAGAUUCGCCAGCAAGCUGAGAAAGAGAAGGCUAUUUACAAAUCGAUUUUGCAAUUGGACGAAAUGCACGAGGCGUACGGGAAGCUUCUGAGGGAAGCGGAGGAUAGGCUGGUUAAGAUUUAUGAGAAGGCGGGAAAAGUGGCGGGAAAUACGGAGGUGGUUGAGAAGGUUAAUGCAGAUGUUGUUGGGAUACUAGAGGAAGCGCAAGGGAGAGGAUUGGAAAGAGUGGAUUUGUCUGGAAAGAAGCUCAGGUUUUUGCCAGAAGCCUUUGGGAGGAUUAGCGGCUUGGUUUUGCUUAAUCUUUCCAGUAAUCAGCUUGAGGUUAUCCCUGACUCAAUUGCUGGAUUAGAAAAACUUGAGGAACUGAACCUUUCUUCGAAUCUUCUGGAAUCACUGCCAGACUCGAUUGGGUUGCUCCAGAACUUAAAAAUCUUAGAUGUCUCUGGAAAUAAACUGAAUGCCUUACCUGACACCAUUUGUCAUUGCAGGUCUUUGAUAGAGUUGGAUGUGAGCUUCAACUCCCUGUCAUACUUACCAACUAAUCUUGGGAAUGAAUUAGGAAAUCUGCAAAGGCUUUCAUUUCAUUUGAACAAGAUCCGUUCCCUGCCCACUUCUAUUGGUGAGAUGAGGUCUUUGCGUUUUUUGGAUGCUCACUUCAAUGAACUUUGUGGCCUUCCGGAUGAUAUUGGGAGAUUGACAAAUCUUGAGAUCCUCAAUCUGAGCAGUAAUUUCACUGACUUGAGGGAACUACCAGACACAAUUGGUGAAUUGACAAAUCUUAAAGAGCUUGAUCUCAGUAACAACCAAAUUCAAGCUCUUCCUGAUACAUUUGGUCGGCUUGAGAAGCUGACUAAACUCAACCUGGAGCAAAAUCCCAUUGUCAUUCCACCUUCGGAAAUAGUAAACCAAGGGGUUGAAGCGGUCAAGACUUUCAUGGCUAAAAGGUGGCUUGACAUACUUGUGGAGGAAGAAAGAAAGUGUAUGCAAGAAGUAAAUGAACAGGCACAGACUGGGUGGUUGACACGCAGUACCUCUUGGUUGAAGAACUAUGCUUCAGUUGUUAGUGAGAGUGUUUCAGGUUACCUUGGAGCUGCUGGAGGAUCUCCUAGGGACCCUUAUCUUGAUGAGCCGCGAUGAUAUCAUUGUUAACUACUACAUGCCUAUCAUCAUUGUUAACGACUACAUUCCGCUUCGCAGCCAACUUCAAUUAUUGAAGGUUUCCUCAUUUUUCCUUAAGCACCAGUUCCAGCUUCUUGAGUUGAAAAGCUAACAAAUUUUGUUCUCAUUCUGACUUCCCGAACUCGAGUUUUGCUGAAAAAUAAUGUGGGAAGAACCGUACUAUUUAUAUAUAUUUUUAUCAUAGCUUUGCUUAUUUUGGUCGAAAUA